UCCCCUCGCGCUCCUGCCCCUGCCCGCGCUCAGACCGGCUCCCCCGCCCGGGUUUCCUGGUUAAGAUGGCGUCCCCCGUGGCUGCGCAGGCCGGGAAACUUCUGCGACACCUGGCGCUCCGGCCCCGGCUCCUGGCGGCCAGGUCCCAGGCGGUGCAAUUAACCCCCAGAAGAUGGCUGAAUCUGCAGGAAUACCAGAGCAAGAAGCUGAUGUCUGACAAUGGAGUGAAAGUUCAAAGAUUCUUUGUAGCAGACACUGCGAAUGAAGCUCUGGAGGCCGCCAAGAAACUAAAUGCAAAAGAAAUUGUUUUAAAAGCCCAGAUCUUAGCUGGAGGAAGAGGAAAAGGUGUCUUCAGUAGUGGUUUGAAAGGAGGCGUUCAUUUAACAAAAGAUCCUAAAGUUGUGGGACAGCUGGCUAAACAGAUGAUUGGGUAUAAUCUAGCAACAAAACAAACUCCAAAAGAAGGUGUGAAAGUUAACAAGGUGAUGGUUGCUGAAGCUUUGGACAUUUCCAGAGAAACCUACUUGGCAAUUUUGAUGGAUCGGGCCUCCAAUGGCCCUGUACUAGUGGGCAGUCCCCAAGGGGGUGUUGACAUUGAAGAGGUGGCAGCUACGAAUCCAGAGCUUAUUUUCAAGGAGCAAAUUGACAUUAUUGAAGGGAUAAAGGACAGCCAAGCUGAGCGGAUGGCAGAAAAUCUAGGCUUCCUUGGGCCUUUGAAAAACCAGGCUGCAGAUCAAAUUAAGAAGCUGUAUAAUCUCUUCCUGAAAAUUGAUGCUACUCAGGUGGAAGUGAAUCCCUUUGGUGAAACUCCAGAAGGACAAGUUGUCUGUUUUGAUGCCAAGAUAAACUUUGAUGACAACGCAGAAUUCCGACAAAAGGACAUAUUUGCUAUGGAUGACAAAUCAGAGAACGAGCCCAUUGAAAAUGAAGCUGCCAGAUAUGAUCUAAAAUACAUAGGACUGGAUGGGAACAUUGCCUGCUUUGUGAAUGGUGCUGGACUCGCCAUGGCUACUUGUGACAUCAUUUUCCUGAAUGGUGGGAAGCCAGCCAACUUCUUGGAUCUUGGGGGUGGUGUAAAGGAAGCUCAAGUGUAUCAAGCAUUCAAAUUGCUCACUGCUGAUCCUAAGGUUGAAGCCAUCCUCGUCAAUAUUUUUGGUGGAAUCGUCAACUGUGCCAUCAUUGCCAAUGGGAUCACCAAAGCCUGCCGGGAGCUGGAACUCAAGGUGCCCCUGGUGGUACGGCUUGAAGGAACCAAUGUCCACGAGGCCCAGAACAUACUCAAUAACAGCGGGCUUCCCAUUACUUCGGCCGCCGACCUGGAGGAUGCAGCCAAGAAAGCUGUGGCCAGCGUGGCUAAGAAGUGACGCCUUUCUCCUGAUGCCUUGGAGGAAGAAGUCCGUUUUCCCAUAAAAAGGGAUGGUUUUCUCAUCACUGUGAAGGAAAUGGUUAUCUCAUUGGGAAAAAACAGGGGGAGGGGAUGAGCAACAAUCACUGUAUGAAAAAUUUUAAAUCUGUAUUUUCUUGAAUAAGAUUUCUAAACAACCUAAAUAAUCUGAUUUCACUUAUAGUCUUUAUUAAAUUAAUGUCCUGUGUUCUCAUACUUUUCUGUCAUGGUAAACCUGCUCCGUAGGCCUUGUUUCCCCAACUUUGGGGAGUAGUCUGUGUGGCCAAACAGUUUAUAUAUAGAGAGAGAGAAUUUGAAAUCAGGCCCUGAUUCAUUUACAAUUUUGGUGAACAUUUAGUCCUAUGUAAUA